AUGGAUGUAAAAGAAAAUAGUUAUAAAACAUGGUUCGAUCGUUUACCAAAUGAAAUUACUUUUCUUAUGUUUGAUUAUUUAUCAAUUAAUGAUAUUCUUUAUACAUUCUUUUUCUUCAAUGAACGAUUUAAUAAUUUACUAUUAAAACAUCAACAUUAUUUUAAAUAUUUUGAAUUACCAAAAACAAAUUUGGAUUUUUGGAAAAAUAUUCUCUCAAUAAUUAAUUUACAUAUUGAGUAUUUAAAUAUAACUACAAUUGAUUUGACUUUACCAUUAACAUUAUUUCCAAAUUUAAAAUCAAUAAUUAUAUCAUCACCAUAUGGUUUCCCAUAUGAAAAUUUAAAAUUAAUUUUUGAAAGUUCACUAUUUAAUAAUUUACAUUCAUUAAGAAUAAAAAGAGAUGAAAUAAAAUCAAAUAUUUUCUAUAAUGAUUUUAUUAGAAAUGAAGAUAAUGUUUUAGAAGAAGUUUUCAAUAAUAAAAAUUCAUUAAAAAUAUUUGAAUAUCCAACAAUAAAUCCAUCAUUUACAACAACAGAAGCAUAUAUUAAUAAUUUCGAACAAAAUAUUUCUUUACAUUCAUUAAAAUUAUUAUUAACAGAUUUUCAAGAUAUAUUUACAUUACUUUUGUUUACACCAAAUUUAGAAUAUCUAAAUGUCAAAUGUGAAAUACCAAAAGAUAAACAAUCUAUGAAGGUAAUUAAUGUAAAAUUAAAACAAUUUCAUUUAACAUUAGUUGACAACAUCUCAAUGCCACUUGCAGGAAGUUCUGUAGGUAUCAAUUUUAAACAGUUGACGGAUUGUAUUAAACAAUUUUCAUCAUCAUUAAUUUGUUUAUCAAUUUAUUUCAAUGUUCCUGUCCCAAUUCAAGACGAGUUUUAUUUAAUUGUAAAGCAAAAUCAUCACCAAUAUUAG